AUGCAGGCGGCCAUUGACAUGGCGAUGGCCGGGCUGGACUUGGGAAGUGCACCACCCACCCUCGAUUACAGCAGGCCGAGAGAAGAAUGGGCCAGAUUCAUAGCGCAGUGCAUCCAUACGCGCCUCGAUCCGGACAAUUUCGAUGAGUUUGUGUCAGUGCAAAGCUCAAGGCAUCCGUUGCCUCCAGCAGUCGUUGCCGACGUUUGUCUCCGACCCCAGCCGACAAACCACGAAAGCCUCGACCCCCGCAUUCCGCGAUACCUUCAGGUCCUCACCAGGCGCAAGCUAAUCGACACCCCCUCGAUCCUCAAGGCGCUAUACAGAUACUCGACCUCUCAUGUGCAAUCCCAUAGUGCCGCUGGAAACGCGCCGCAAGAGAAUGCCCAACAUGAGGUGCCGCAGAGAUGGAGAAACUCGUACGCGGCGGAGGAAACCAUCUUUUGGCGAGUGUCGAAGGCAGUCCGAAUGGUCGAUGGCAUCAUGAAUGCAAGCGAUGCCAUCGAGACGUGCAAGAUCGUUGCCAAAUGGAUGGUACUGUUCACGUCGGCCUCCGCGGCAUUCGCCCAAGAUGUCAUGGGCCAGCUUCAAAGCAGUCAGUCUAGACUGGAGAUGGAAGCCACGCGCGGUGCAUUCGUCAUGUUCCUCUUAGGCGUAUACGACAAUCCAAUUGUUUUGGAUGCGCUUAGUCGGCCGUUUGCCAAAGACGCUCGACGGGCACUGUCUGAGAGUUUGGCCAGUUUCGUCCCUUCUAUACUGCAAAGCUCGUCGCCAGAUGUUUAUGGGCGUUUGGAGCACUUUCGCACAAAGACUCUUGUGUCGUUUGAGCCUGCCGACAAGAAAAAUGAGAUCAUCAACUCCGCGAUCGAUGACAUUGAGUCAUCUAUGGCAUUGGAUAGUAAAGUUAUCCCCGAGUUGCCCAUUACCAACUCGAGAGCUGGUUUAUACAUAUAUCUGAAUGCAGCUGGCGACAUCCAAAGCACCACAAUUGAUCUGAUCCUAGCAUCAUUUGACGUCCUCGCGAAUGCCGUAUUUCGCAACGAGGGUCAGAAGGUCGGACACCUACUAAGGUCCUAUCUCAUUAACAAGCUUCCCCUACUUCUUGCGACAUUAGCGACAUCCAUGUUCCCUCCCUUGACACCCCAGUUCUGCAUCACCGAAGCUCUGAGUCAAGUCGACACUAAUGCUUUCCCGACUUUGUCUGCUAUGUUCGAUGACACCCACAACAGCAACACAUUCACGGACGGUGUCCGCCAGGACUUCUGUUUCGCCUGUUGCUUGCAUGGGUUGAUCCCCGAGUCUAGUAUUGAAGGCUUACUUGGGGAGAUUACCUACCAGACGUUGCCUCAGGGCGGUAGAUAUGUGAAGGAGGCCCUCGUCGAGCAAUGUAUGGCCGACCCUGAGCGUAUCCAAAACUUUGUCAGGGAAUUAGACAACAUGGACGGCAACGUCGGGGCAGUUAUUGGUCGUCUGUGCAACAACAAGGAGACAAUGACUCUAAAGCUGCUUUGUAUACAGCUUGCUAAGAAACCCCUAUCUUUAGACGUUAUGCUUCUCUUCGGCAAACCGACAGCCGUUUUGCAGCCGCUCUGCGAAUUGCUCGAUAAUUGGCGGUACGACGAGGAUCAAGGAGAAUAUCAGCCCGUGUACGAAGAGUUUGGGGCAAUCCUACUCCUCCUUCUUGCAUUCGUUUUUCGAUACAACCUCACGGCUCUGGAUCUUGGCAUCCGGUCCUCGGACUCUUUCGUCGCAAAGCUACUAACUCAGGGUAAACUUAGCAAAGCCAAGGAUGAGUUGACCGAUCAGGAGUCUGGUCAUUUGGAUGGCUGGAUUCAUGGGCUAUUCGAUUCCGAAGCGGGCGGACUCGGCGAUGAACUGAUGUCAUCGUGUCCACCGCAAGACUUUCACUUGCUUGUCGCUACGCUCUUCCACAACCUGGUACUCGCGGUCGGUAUGAAUUACUUGGACGAAGAAAGUCUGAAGACUGGAAUCGAGUACCUUGUCGACACAUUCCUCCUGCCAUCUCUGGUCAUGGCAAUCUCGUACAUGUUAGAUCAACUGUGGAUCGAUAAAGCAUCGGACCAGGUUGCGGUGAUAAAGAUCUUGCAACUGAUACUACUCACAAAACAGGGCUCUAAUGAAGCCCAAACGAUGCUCUCAGCGGUAGUCAACAUUGUUGCGAAACCUCUAGAGCAUUCACUUCGGUUGUAUCAGCGGCAAAACCCCAAAUCCCAGGAUAUCGAGCCUCUGCUUAGCACGAUCAAAGACAAUGUUCGGCUUUCGCGGCGAACAGCAGGCGCCGGACAUAACGAAUUGGAGGCCUGGGCCAGCACGCCAAACGGAGGCCUCGCCGCCUCAGUUAGGGAAAAAAUACAAGGCUUCAUACAGUGGAGUCUUCACCCUGGUAUCAACAUCAUGCCAACAUCGUAUACGCACCGUCAGAUCCUGGCCGCUCUCAAUAAGCUCGGUGCGAAGCGUCUCUUGCAUAUCAUUCUGGAAGAAGUGAAGCAGCAAUCGGACGCCGCUGGUAGUGGCAGCGUCGCGCAUGAUGUGGCUACGGCACUCAUUUGUGCUCCGGACGUGACCAACCUGCCCCCGUCAACCACAAUGGGGUUGCUCGUGGACCCGAACAACCCCCCCGUACCUUCACAGACACGAAUGUCACUCCGUUCAGCAUUGAAGUACGAGGCAGAGGACUUCAAAUCGAUACAAAAGUCCGACCCGGCAAUGGCUGAUAUGGUUAUCCGCCUGUAUCGAAGGGUAGAGGCUCAGCUCCACAUGCCCCAGGCGACAGAGACAAUGCUGCAAGGUGGAUUAGCUUUGGGGUUGGAUGAGAACGCGGCCGCACUCGGCGACGCAUUGGCUGCCGCCCAGAACGAUGGCAGUAUGAACCUAGAUCUUGGCGGCGGUGGUGGUGGUGGUGGUGGAAAUGGGAUGGACCUGACUGCAGGAGGGGACUCAGCAGGCGGGCUAGAUUUCGGUGCUGAUGAUGAUAUGUUCGGCAACCUUGGUGCUGGAGGUGGUGCCGAUUUGCUGGAGGGGUGGGAUGACAUGGACCUGUCUUAG